AUGGCUUCAACUACAGAGAUGCUGGCUCAAAGAUUUCCGGAUUUGGAAUAUCAUCCAAUCCCAAGUGCAGAAACCCAUCCUCGUUACAACUAUACUGGCUUCCAUCCGAGCAGUCAAACGCUUCAGAAGGGGUUUGUCAAAUCACCAGGUAGACGAGCAUUCAAUGUCGACGUGCGCUUUGACCGAGAUGUCGCGGUCACCAUGCGGGAUGGUGUCAAGAUUUACAUGGACAUUUUCCGACCUCUGGACUCUGAUGCUAACAGGGUGCCGGUUUUGAUCCCCUGGAGCCCGUACGGCAAGACAGGCACAGGCCCUCAACAGUACGAGACCAUGGGACCAUUCAACUGCGGAGUUCCGACGGGCAGGGUUUCAGGCUUCCAAAAGUUCGAAGCACCCGACCCGGCUGAAUGGUGCGAAAGAGGGUACGCGAUCGCCAACGUGGAUGCCAGAGGGGCCGGCAAGUCGGACGGCUUCAUCAACUACUGGGGACAACAAGAGGCCGAGGACAUCUACGACACCAUCGAUUGGCUGGCGAACCAGCCUUGGUGCAGUGGCUCUGUGGGUAUGGCUGGAAACUCCUGGCUGGCCAUCGCACAGAUCAACUUCGCCUCGAGAUUGAAACACCCGGCCUUGAAGGCUUUGGCGCCGAUGGAGGCACUGAAUGAUCCUUACCGCGAUAGAAUCGGGAGGGGCGGGAAACCUCACCUUACGACGUUCAUGAAGAUGCUGUUGAAUGGUUUCGCGGGCCCGAACGGUGUGGAAGACAUGCCGGCCAUGUUGGAAAAACGUCCCUUGUACGAUGAGUACUGGGAGAGCAAGUACAUUCAUACGGAGAAUAUCGACGUCCCAUUGUAUCUCACCGCGUCUUACUCUUCGGCGCUGCAUACGGCAGGGUCCUUCAACACAUACCGAACGGCCAAAACGUCACACAAAUGGUUGAGGGUUCACCCUUACCAGGAAUGGUAUGAUCUUUACAGACCAGAAAUCACCGACGAAUUACAACGCUUCUUUGAUCGGUACUGUAAAGGGAUCGAGAAUGGAUGGGAGCAUGAUACACCCCCUGUGCGAUUAUCCCUCUUGGCCUUGGAUGGCAGUUCGACACAAACCAUCGUCGAAAGGCCUGAGCUCGAAUAUCCUCUUUCUAGACAAAAGCUCCAAGCUUACUAUUUGGACGCCUCGAGCCACACUUUAUCGACUCGUCUGGCUUCAUCCUCAGCUAGGACUUCUUAUGACUCUCACAGCCUUGCUGCCAAGUCGGAUUUCAUCAUGAGGUUCGACAAGUAUACAGAGGUUGCAGGUUACUCCAAGGUCCACCUCUGGAUGUCCUGCGCCGAAAAAGAUGACAUGGACGUUGGUGUAAUGAUCCGCAAGAUUGAUUCCGCCGGCAAACUUCUCGAGCACUUGAAUUACCCCUGCCCUGUCCCGACCGAACAAGUGCCCAACGUCAACGUUGCAAAGACAUUGGGGCCUCAGGGCUUCCUUCGUGCGUCUCACAGGAUUUCGAGAGACGACUCUCGCUCCCGUGGCGACGGCCAAGAACUCUUUUAUACUCACGAUCGACGUGAACCCAUCAAGCCCGGGACCAUCGUGGAACUACAGAUCACACUCUGGCCCAUAGGCAUGGUCUUUGCACCCGGCGAGGGAAUCGUACUGAGCGUCUCGGGUCACGACAUGAUCUAUCCCGAGGUGGAUUUCCUGAGAUUGCAGGAACCGGACGAUGAGAAUGUUGGGACACACAACAUCCAUACAGGCGGUCAGUACGAAUCCCGUUUAAUCCUCCCCAUUAUUUCGUAGGGGGGUUAGACGGGUGUAUAAACACAGCUUCGAUUUAUCCUUGCCGGUGGCCUGAUAAGCAAAGAGAGCUUCUCCUGAAGAUGAAGCCCCAGUCAGGUCUCUGUAAUAGUCUUUACCGUCCCUAGAAUUUGUAUAACCUAGAAGUUAAA